CUUUGCCUUCUCUGCUCUCUCUGCGAGCACCUGCCUAUUCCACGAUUUUCUUGAACUACGUGCUUGAGGUAAGCAGCCUCUAGUCCUCCACUUCAUUUUCUCUCCUGUCAAAGACAUCACUCCUUUUUCCGGUCCUGUGAAACCUCACCUCUCCCCUGUCCACUCCCCAUGUUGCCCUCGCUUACCCUCAGCCCAUCCGAGCGCGUCUUCCCGUCCCCACGGGGAGCACACGCCUGUGUCACACGUGCGUGCACAAGCUCACGCACACGCCCAGGUGUGCCCACACGCGUUCACACGCAUUCACACACACACACACACACACACACACACACACACGGGAGCACACCCCGCCCCUGACACGCUCGUCCCCGUCCCCGCCCGCUCCCCGCCCCGUCCCCGCCCCAGCGGCGCGGGCGGAAGCGCUCGGGGAUGGAGCCGCCGGCCAUGGAGGGGCCGCUGCUGGUGCAGCACAGCCACAAGUUCGGCACCAAGCGCUGGAAGCGCGGCUGGUCCGCGCUUUACCCCGCCAGCCAGCACGGCGUGGCCCGGCUCGAGGUGUUCGACUGCAAGGAGCCGUCGGCGGCCGGGCGAGCGGGCACCCGGCGGCUCGCCCGCACCGUGGUGCGGCUCAGCGACUGCACCAGCGUGGCCCCGGUGGGCGAGGGCGGCCCCCGCGCCGGCACCGCCACCUUCCGCCUGGAGACCCGCGACCGCAGCUUCCUCUUCGCGGCCGAGAAGCAGCAGAGCGAGGAGUGGGUGGCGAAGCUGUGCCAGAUCGCCUUCCCGGGAAACGGCCCCAGCGAUGGCGUGGUGUCACAGUAUGGCCGAGAGGGCAGCGGGGAGUCCCCGGCCCUGGAGAUGGCCGUGAACUCCAUCUACUACUCCAGAGAUGAAGUGAACGCCUUCUGGGUGACGGUGCAGCGGACCGAGGCCGCGGAGCGCUGCGAGCUGCGUGGCACCUACGUGCUCAAGGCUGAGCGUGACAGCCUCGUCCUGAAGGACCCACGGACGGACAGGAUCCUCUAUGUCUGGCCCUACCGGCUGCUCCGGAGAUACGGCCGGGACAAGGUGAUGUUCUCCUUCGAGGCUGGCAGGCGCUGUGACUCAGGACCUGGAAACUUCACCUUUGAGACCAAGCAGGGCAACGAGAUCUUCCGCCUGGUGGAAGCUUCCAUCCAGGAGCAGAAGGCUCAAGUGGAGGAGAACCGGCAGAGCUGCGACUCGCUGGAAGCCGACAGCCCCGGCGUGGUGCAGAUCCGCCAGGCCCUGGCUGACAACCUGAACCUGGAGCUGCCCGCUGAGGGGGAUGACACCCUGGCACCCAAAGCAGGGCUGGCACCCAGGGCCGGUGCAGCAGCAGCAGCAGAGGAGAGAGAUGCCACAUCUCUGCUGAAGAGCCGGACUCUGCCAGAGCUGCCCGUGCCACCGGCCAAGCCCACGGUGUCCGGCACCCCUCCACGCUCCCCUCUGCCCAAGGUGCUCCGUGCCGUGCCGCCGGCCGAGGACCCGUCCAGCGUGUACUCGGAGCCCCUGGACUCGGUGAAGAGCCUGCAGCCGUGGCCGGACCCGCUGUACUCGGACCCUGUGGACAGCAAGGCCGUGAGCGUGGCCAAGGCGCCCGGCGGGGCUGCGGAGGAGCCGAAGCCGCGGCUGCCGGUGCCGCCGUACUCGGGCCCGUACGAGCAGGUCCGGGCCGAGGGGCAGGGCCGGGCCAAGGCUCGUGGCCAGGCUCCCCCUGGGCACAAGGAGCACAUCUACGACGAGCCCGAGGGCCGCACUCCCCGCUCGCUGCAUCCCUUCACCUACAUCUACGACGAGGCGCGGCCCACGAGCGAGGCCUGGCGCACCCAGGGCCACGAUGGCAAGGGUGGCUAUGAGUACCCCUACAACCCCAGCACUGACGAUUACUCGGUACCCACCUUCCCGGCCAAGGCCAAGAGCCCCAAGCCAGUGCCAGCCCCCAAGCCCCAGGCAGCCUUUAUCCCCAAAGGGGCAGAAAGGGUGGAGGACCCUGGCAGGCGAUGGGGCGGUGCUGCCCCUGAGAAGGCGCUCGCCAAACCCAGCCUCAACAGCAGCAACAACAACAACGUGGAGGUGCUGUACAGCCAGGUGGUGAAGCCCCAGCAGCUGCAGAAGAAGGAGCAGUGUGUGGAUGAGUACAGCUUGUCGCCUCUCUAUGAGGACCUAGGGGAGAUAUAAGCUGCUGCUGCUCUGUGUCUGUAUCCCAGCAGGGACUGGGCAUCCCAGUGCCAGCUAGGCUUCUCCUCCCCAGGAUGACUUGGGGCUGUUUGGGCUCGGGCAGAGCCCCUUUUCUCAUCAGUGCUGAGGGGCUGUGUUUUCCUGGAGGGAAACAGCGAGGGAGCUGUGGCUGGUGCAAGCCCCAGUGUGUUUCUCCAGCUCUGGAGCUGGCUCCACUGUGCCUUCUGAUGUGCAGGAGGGCUGGUAUUUUCUUGUACCUGCUGCUCUGGCUCUGCUCUGGCUUCCUGUCUGACCAGGCUGCAGGGCUCUGGUGCCUUUUGUAUGGAAGGCUGCUUGCCAUCAGUCUCCAAAAAGUAUUUUUAUACAAAGUUAUUUUAAUAUUAAAGUCUGUAUGUC